CUUCACUGUUAGAUAUUCCUGACACACCCAGGCUGCCUCUUGUCAGAUUAAAAGACUGUAAGAUGACACAGGAACAGUACUUGACUCAACGAAACAACAUCCAGACCUCAGAAAACCAAUAUGUCUACAAAGUCGGGAUUUACGGCUGGCGAAAGCGGUGCCUUUAUUUUUUUGUCCUCCUUUUGAUGAUUCUGCUGCUGGUGAAUCUCGCUCUGACAAUAUGGAUCCUGAAGGUCAUGAAUUUUACAAAAGAUGGCAUGGGACAUCUAAGAAUCACUGACAAGGGCCUGCGGUUAGAAGGACCAUCUGAGUUUUUGCAGCCUUUGUACGCCAAAGAAAUCCGAUCCAAGGCAGACAGCUCCCUUCACCUGCAGUCUUCUAGGAACGUUACAGUAAGCAUCCGCAAUAGUCAGAAUCAGACUGUUACCCAAUUAAAUACAGGAAGUGAAGCUAUAGAAGCACGUGGCAAGCGAUUUGAAGUCAUCUCUCAUACCAACAAGCUGUUGUUUUCAGCAGAGGACAGUGAAGUAGUCGUUGGUGCUGAUCGCUUACGAGUCUUAGGUGCUGAAGGAGCUGUGUUUGAAAGGUCUCUAGAAACACCACAUAUCCGGGCCGAGCCUUUCAAAGAGCUGAGACUAGAAUCACCUACACGUUCACUGACACUGGAGGCACCAAAGGGAGUUGAGAUCCAAGCAGAAGCGGGUAACAUGCAGGCUACUUGUCGAACAGAAUUGAGAUUGGAAUCCGAAGAUGGUGAGAUCACUUUGGAAGCCAGAGAAAUAAAAUUACCUAGACUACCUAUGGGGUCAUACACUUCCUCACCGUCUGCUCGACAAAAUGUCUUUGAGGUUUGCGUCUGCCCAAAUGGAAAACUGUUCCUUUCACACGCAGGGGUGGGCUCCACAUGUCAGAUAGACAGCAGUGUCUGCCUAUAAAGGAAGUUUUUUAAAAACCGCACAGGGACAAAAUCCACGGCCAUUGCCAGCAACGUUCAGGUCUAUCGCAUUUGGAUGGUUACAGGUGGCCGUAGCUGCGUGGCGUGAGCCUGCUAGACACCUUGGAAAAGGUCUCCUAAAUAGACACUUUGUGCUGACUGUCUUCAAACCCUGUUAAAAUAUUGUUUCAGUAUAGGGGUUAAAAAUGAAAAAGAAAUCAUUUAUACUGAGACAUGUUACUAUAACAUCUCUGUUCAAAGAGGGUGAAAAACAAAUGUAUGCCUUUGCCUUAACUGAAUGCACUCAGCAAGGAAAGCACAUUAUUUUUAAGUUUCAUGUGUGUAAUUGGGAGUGCAAAGAUUACAAAAUGUGUAAACUGAUCAAAUCCCAGUACUGAAGUUAAACCCAGUAAUCAUCAGGUUAUGGACUGUAGAAGUUUUGAUUGUGUAUAUUAGGAACAAAAGGAGGUGGCUUAGCAGAUGUCAGGGCAAGAUACAGCUCAUUUAUUUUCUAAUUUUAAGGUAGAGCGACAAGUUGGUGUGCUGGCAGGUAUCAGUAAUCACAACAAUCCUGCUUUGAGGGAAUUUUUUGUGGUACGUUACCAAUGUACCCCAGUUAUUCUGUUUCUUUAAAAACCUAACAUAAUUAAAUGUUGACCUAUUAAUAAAUUCUUCAGUUUUUAAUUCAGUUUUUGUUUUUGGAAAGUUUGUCGAAUCAACCUAGGCCGACACUUUAAUGCAGUACAGAGAGGGUACUGCCUUGUCAGAGAUGCAAUCAUUAUAUUGAGGUAUUAAAGGCACUCUCUGCCUACUUUUGUGGAUGUAAAAGAACUCAUGGCACUAUUCAAAAAACAUGUGCCCUCCUUAACCAAUGCCGCCAUAAAAAAAUCAGUUGCACAAACUGGUCAUUCAUCAUAGUGCUAUUUGCAAGACAGCUUCCACAUUUCUAUACAUAAUAGUGACGGCACUUCAAAAUAAUUAAUUGUAUGUGAGGUGCUUUUGAGAGACAUAAUAAGCUACAUAAAUGUAAGCAAGACCUUUAUUGUUGUAACUUUAACAAUAUUUCAACAUUUGUUUUUAAAAAUUGUUGCUGGAUCAUUUUGAUUUUUCACCCCCAAAAUAUUAAUUUUGACUUUUUUUUGUUGUCAUUGUAGAUAUUUUCCUUAAUCAUUAAUUGAAAAAAAUUUGAAGAAUUUUUGAGAGGAGUAUCUUCUCUUAUUUUUCUCCCUCCUUUUUCAUCCCAGCUCAUCUCCAACUGGUCAGACCAUCUGGAGACUGGUUCCAGGCUUCUACGAAUCUUGUUCAAUAGCCAGUUGCUUGCACAGGAACAUGACACUAGUCUCCACAGGUAAAUUUGGGGCAGAAAAGAACUUUCCCUCCUAUUUUACCAGUGACAAAGUGGCUGGUCUUCCCUUGCCACUGUUCAGUCAGGCCAGACUCACUAGAUAGGAAAUCCAGUCAGCAUGCAGCAAGUCGGAGUCUGAGUCAUAGGUAUUUGGGGUAGUGUCUUCUUCAUUGAAGGCUGCUAAAUUAUUUAAACAUAUAGUUGGAGUUAUUAAUUAAUGAAUCCCCACUACAUCCCAGAAUAUUAAACAGUUUGCAAUUGGAACAUUUGGGAAAAAGUGAUUUAAAAGCAAUUAUAUCACUGAGUCACUGAAAGCAUUUGCUACUUUUUGACUCUUACCUCAGUUAAUAAAGAUAAGUUUAAAAAAAAACUGAUUGAAAUCAUUCAAGUUGCUGCAUAUAAACUGUCUUCUGUGAUCCAAACUCAUCAUAGCCAUCAAUACAUAAAGCAAUGUAACUUGCUGAACAGAUAACUCCAAUAGUUGAGCCUGUGCAGAGAUAACCAGUAAAAAUGUUAAUGUCUAUUUAACCAUGUUGACAUUUGAAAAAUAAAUAGCCAGAUUAAAAUCAACAGUGAAAUAAUAAUUGAUUCUUUUUGAAAAUCCGCAGGAAACUGAUUAACUAAAGACACUGAUUUUACAGCUGUUGAUGUAAUGGACUACAGUCUACAGCCUGCUGAUUGUGAGGGAACUGUAAUCAGUGCACUCCUAGCGUGUAUGUACUGGUGUGUUGUGGUAGAUCAAUAGAAAAAUAUUUUGAGGUUUUUAUAUAUAUUAUAUACCUAUUUUAUGGCUUUGAGUUACAGAGUAAGAAAGAGUCACAGACCAAAGACUGAUGGGAAUUCAGCCACACUGUCCAUGUAUCGUAUGGUGCUUACUUUCAUGACUCUGUGAGGGCUUGUAAGGUGUUGACUUACAUCCUGUCAAUAGGUACAAGACCAAGGCAGACCACAACAACAGGAUUUGCAGAAAUGAGCAAAAUACAAUGGAAAACUCUCAGGACCAGGGUGGGAGGUGAGGCCAGAUCAGUGGAUAUAUAUAUUAUACAUGUGUAUCAUUUAAAAUGUUUGGAGUUUUCUUCAAGAACCGGAUGCAAAUGUUUAACACAAAGUCAUGGGCAGCAAGUUACAUUGCCUAAGAAAAGUGCAAGCUACUGUUAGCAUUCAGGAAAUCCCAUGAUGCCCAUCAAUACCAGUCACACACAAAGAGGAAACUGUUAACCAUUAAAUGGAUAUUGCCUGGAUACUGCAAUUUUCAACAUUUUCCCCCCUUAACUGUUCCUGCACUUAUCUGGAUUUUUUUUUGUAAAGCACAUUAUUUUCUCUCAGUUUCCCCACUAGGAUCAUAACCUUCCUUGGUCCUUUUCCCUGGGCAGGAUGUAGCAUUGCUAUUCUAUAACUGGCCACGAUUCACUGUCUGAGAGUGACUCCUAGGGAUAAUCAGAACAACUUGUAGUCAUAUUUUUAUAUUUUCCCAUCCCUUAUGAUGGAAUGGGUGACUCAUGUAUCCAGCGUCAUCAUACAGCUUAGGUUGGUUGAGUGCAUGAGGAGGGCAGACCCUGCCACUGUCUACACAGCGCUACAUCCACAGAGUUCUGAGAUCCUUCUGGAUCGUAUCACCCCUGCAAGGUUUUUUUUAAUGUUUGCCUUGCAUAUUGCAUUAUCUGCAUAGUUAGAAUUUAAACUGGAGCAAAAUCAGGCUUUUUAAAACCUUUUUUUUUCUGGUGAACACCUGAUUAUCAGUCUGCUGUACACUAUGAUGUUUUCACAGACGGACCUUGUGGUCACAGAGAAUAAAGCCUGUUCAUUUUG